CAGUGCCUGGGGAUCCCGUCUGCAUCCACUGCAACAUCAUGGAGUCGUACCCUGCUGUGCCCCCAUCUGGUCAGUGGAGUCCGAUGACCCUAACUUGGCUGCUGAUCACUAUGAAAUGAAAGAAGAGCCAGCUGAGGGCAAGAAGUCUGAAGAUGACGGCGUCGGAAAAGAAGACUUGGCCAUACCAGAGAAAAUUAAAAAGAACCUGAGGCAAGAUUCCUUAAAUGGUGCGGUGUCUGGCUCGGUGCAGGCGACUGGCCGGCUGAUGAAGGAGCUCAGGGAUAUAUACCCAUCACAGAGUUUCAGAGGUGGAAACUAUGCAGUCGAACUUGUGAAUGACAAUCUGUAUGAUUGGAAUGUCAGACUCCUCAAAGUUGACCAGGACAGCGCUUUGCACAACGAUCUCCAGAUCCUCAAAGAGAAAAAAGGAGCUGACUUCAUUCUACUUAACUUUUCUCUUAAAGGUAACUUUCCCUUUGAGCGCCGUUUGUCAGGGUUGUGUCUCCAGUCCUCUCCUGGGGGUAUGUUCUGGGCGGAGGUGCCAUCUGCAUGGAACUUCUCACCAAGCAGGGCUGGAGCAGUGAAGAGAGUCAGUGACCAUGCAGAUCAGUGCCACACUGGUGAAGGGAAAAGCACGAGUGCAGUUUGGAGCCAGCAAAUCUCAGUACAGCCUGACAAGAGCACAGCAGUCCUACAAGUCCUUGGUGCAGAUCCAUGAAGAAAACGGCUAGUACACACCCCCGAAGGAAGAUGGCUAACCCAGGAGUGCCAUCCCCUUCCUCCUUCCCUAGGCACCACUGGACCAAUUACCUUUGAAUGCUGUAUUUGGAUCUCACGCUGCCUCUGUGGUUCCCUCCCUCAUUUUUCCUGGACGUAAUAGCGCUGCCUAUUGCAGGACAAUGAUGGCUAUUCUAAGUGCUAAGAAAAAAAAAAACAAAAACCACAGGACUGUUUCAAGUACUCAAGACUGACUUACAGACCAACCAACCACCUGGCUGGAGCCCUUGCUAGCAGGCAUUCUUAAAAGAAACUUUUGAGCCUCCUUAUAUUGCUGGAAACUCAGCUGUGCUCCAGCCUAGAGCCUCCUUACCUAUGCUUUGGCAUUUUAAAUUAUACCUGACAUCAAGUACUGAACGCUUUUCCCAAAAUUUCAAAGUCGUGGUGGUAGAUGGGAAAGAUGAAAGCGAGUACCCCGUCAAAUGGCAGGACUUCUUCAGUGGACAUGUGGUUGGUGAGCCUGACUCUAGGGUUCUAGCCCACAUAGGCGAUGAUGAUAUUACAAUAAGAAUCAACACAGAUGGGGUGGAAUAUAAUGUAGAGCCACUUUGGAGACUAAUUAAUGAUACUAAAGACAAAAGAGUGUUAGUUUAUAAAUCUGAAGAUAUCAAGAAUGUUUCACGUUUGCAGUCUCCAAAAGUGUGUGGUUAUAUAAAGGCGGAUAAUGAAGAGUUGCUUCCAAAAGGGCUGGUAGGCAGAGAGCCACCUGAUGAGCUUGUUCAUCGGGUGAAGAGAAGAGCUGACCCUAAUCCCCUGAAGAACACGUGUAAAUUAUUGGUGGUAGCAGAUCAUCGCUUUUACAGAUACAUGGGCAGAGGGGAAGAGAGUACAACUACAAACUACUUGAUAGAGCUAAUUGACAGAGUUGAUGACAUCUAUCGGAACACUUCAUGGGACAAUGCAGGUUUUAAAGGUUAUGGAAUACAGAUAGAGCAGAUUCGCAUUCUCAAGUCUCCACAAGAGGUAAGACCUGGUGAAAAGCACUUCAAUAUGGCAAAAAGUUACCCAAAUGAAGAAAAGGAUGCUUGGGACGUGAAGAUGCUGCUAGAGCAAUUUAGCUUUGAUAUAGCUGAAGAAGCAUCUAAAGUCUGCCUAGCACAUCUUUUCACCUACCAAGAUUUUGAUAUGGGAACUCUUGGAUUAGCUUAUGUUGGUUCUCCCAGAGCAAACAGUCAUGGAGGUGUUUGCCCAAAGGCUUAUUAUAGUCCAACUGGAAAGAAAAAUAUCUAUUUGAAUAGUGGUUUGACCAGCACAAAAAAUUAUGGUAAAACCAUCCUUACAAAGGAAGCUGACCUCGUUACAACUCAUGAAUUGGGGCACAAUUUUGGAGCAGAACAUGAUCCAGAUGGUCUAGCAGAAUGUGCCCCAAAUGAGGACCAGGGAGGAAAGUAUGUUAUGUAUCCCAUAGCUGUGAGUGGCGAUCAUGAGAACAAUAAGAUGUUUUCAAACUGCAGUAAACAGUCCAUCUAUAAGACCAUUGAAAGUAAGGCCCAGGAGUGUUUUCAAGAACGCAGCAACAAAGUGUGCGGGAACUCCAGGGUGGACGAGGGGGAGGAGUGUGACCCCGGCAUCAUGUACCUGAACAAUGACACCUGCUGCAACAGUGACUGCAUGCUGAGGCCGGGCGUCCAGUGCAGUGAUAGGAACAGUCCUUGCUGUAAAAACUGUCAGUUCGAGACGGCCCAGAAGAAGUGCCAAGAGGCCAUUAAUGCUACGUGCAAAGGCGUGUCUUACUGCACAGGUAACAGCAGUGAGUGCCCCCCUCCUGGCGAUGCUGCCGACGACACGGUGUGCUUGGAUCUCGGCAAGUGUAAAGACGGCAAGUGUGUGCCCUUCUGCGAGCGGGAGCAGAGGCUGGAGUCCUGCGCGUGUAACGAAACCGACAACUCGUGCAAGGUGUGCUGCAGGGACCCCUCGGGCCGCUGCCUGCCCUAUGUCGACGCCGAACAGAAGAACUUAUUUUUGAGGAAGGGAAAGCCCUGUACAGUAGGAUUUUGUGACAUGAAUGGCAAAUGUGAGAAGCGAGUGCAGGAUGUCAUUGAGCGGUUCUGGGAGUUCAUUGACAAGCUGAGCAUCAAUACUUUCGGGAAGUUUUUAGCAGACAACAUCGUAGGCUCCGUCCUGGUUUUCUCCUUGAUAUUUUGGAUUCCUUUCAGCAUUCUGGUCCAUUGUGUGGAUAAGAAACUGGACAAGCAGUUUGAAUCGCUGUCUCUGUUCCACCCCAGUAACGUCGAGAUGCUGAGCAGCAUGGAUUCCGCGUCGGUUCGCAUCAUCAAGCCCUUUCCCGCGCCCCCGACCCCGGGCCGCCUGCAGCCCCCGCAGCCUGCCCCUGCGGCGCCCCCCGCGCCUUUGGUGCCUGUGGCCCCAAAGCUGGACCACCAGCGGAUGGACACCAUCCAGGAGGACCCCAGCACGGAUUCGCACGCCGACGAGGAUGGCUUCGAGAAGGACCCCUUCCCAAAUAGCAGCGCAGCCGCCAAGUCGUUUGAGGACCUCACGGACCAUCCGGUCACCAGAAGCGAAAAGGCCUCGUCCUUUAAGCUGCAGCGUCAGAACCGCAUUAACAGCAAGGAAACCGAGUGCUAGUUCAGGACCGCGUCCCGAGCGCUCUGACUUCCGUGUGCAGAAUAUUUUUAUAGAUUUGACCUCAAAUCACUGCAGUUUUUGUGAAGAUUUGGGAGAAAAAAAGGAAGUGACUUCACAGCAGAUGCCGGUCAUGUGUUUGGACUUCCUUUGCAUAUGUAAUACUUGUGUGGUCAGGCCCUUUUCCUUCUGAAGAGGUAAGGUGAAUCUCGCUUAUUUUGAGGCUUUCAGGUUUUAGUUUUUUUUGAUCUUUAAGAUAUCCUUCAACCUCUGACGCCAAAGCAGAAACUACAGCUGGAUUAGGUUAUGAGUAUUUACAUUUUUGUAAAUUAACUUUUCAUAUUGGGAACGGCACUGAUUAGGGAGAUGCUCAGUUUUUUUUUUAAACACUGUAAUGAUCCAGCAAACUUAAUGAGGCAUUUAGCAGUUUCUUGUGAGGAUAACUGGAACACAGAAUAGAUUUAUUUCUUUUGCCUUGAAGACAAAGGGAGAAAAAACCAAUGUAUAGAUUGUCUCCAAAAUGUGGGUUCUGUUUCUAGGUAUUACCUAGAACUUGUAGCAGCAGAAGGGAAUUACACUGCUAAAUUUAGGGAUAGGGUUUCUUAAUUCUAAAUUGUUAAGAAUCUCUAAUGUCUAGAAUUAAAACAAUCUAGCUUAUAGUGAGGGUUACAAAUUGUAGCUCAAUGAAUCUACAGAAUUCUGCCAACUGUUUUAGGACCCUAGGUAGCUGGGCAGUUUUUGUGUGUUUCUGAAGUAUCUUCAUGUAUCAAUACUGUCACCAUCCUCUUAAAACAUUCACCAUUCAGAAAGCCUGAACUACUUCAGAAUAAGAAAGUUAUGGUCGCCUCUUCUCAAACACUAGUGGCCAAGGAUGCACAGGAGAUGGUUUGGGUGCGACGUGCUGGCCUGGGGCUUUCUCCCCACACGACUGAUUGGUACUUACCCGUUACUUCUUCAUCUAGUGCUUCAGUAUGGUCUGCAUCUACUGUGUGAAGGAUAGAAACCAUCAGGUUGAAUUCUGAUUUCCUUUUAAAAGCUUCUUUCCCCUGCUAAGUAUUGAAAUGUGCUCACCAGCGAACACAUUUUAACUGAGAUAACUUGUAAGCUUUGAGAGCAAUCAGCCAAACCUGUGACAAAUCGUAUCUUUUUUUCUAAGGAUGUUUGUUACGCAGAUACCUGUUACACUAAUACUUGAACUUGUACCUUGUGGUAUUUGCUGUCUUUUAACUAGUCAUAAUAUUCUUAUAUUAUAGUUAAUACUUUUGCAAUCUGAUAUAAGGUGAGUGGGGGGUGAGUGGGGUGUGUGGGUGUAUGUAUGAGAGUGAAAUGGUUCCCAGCUGAAUGUAAGAAACCAUUUUUUAUAAAAUUGUGACUUUUUAAAAAACCAA